AUGCCAGUCAAGUUGGUAACAUCUGACGAAGUUGCCUUUGAUGUCGAUCUGGAGAUCGCUAGACAGUCUGUGAUGAUUAGAGAUAUAUUAGAUGAUGUUGGACCUGAGGCUGCAGAAGACGAUGAACCUAUCCCCCUUCAAUAUGUGAAUGCCGCGAUCUUUAAGAAAGUUAUUCAGUGGUGUACAUAUCACAAAGACGACGCUCCACAACAAGAUGAUGAUGAGAACAAGGAACGUAGAACGGAUGAUAUAUCUAGCUGGGAUCAAGAGUUUCUGCGAGUUGAUCAAGGGACACUUUUUGAGCUCAUCCUUGCGGCCAAUUAUCUUGACAUAAAGGGUCUGCUUGAUACGUGUUGUAAGUCUGUUGCCAACAUGAUCAAGGGCAAGACACCUGAGGAAAUUCGCAAAACCUUCAACAUAAAGUCAGAUUUCACCCCUCAAGAGGAGGAGCAGGUACGGAAAGAAAAUGAAUGGUGUGAGGAAAAGUGA